CGUGACUUGCACAUGGGAUUACCAAGCUCCCUUGAGAAUGGUCUGUAACAAGGUAACAUUUAUUGACCGAUCAGGUAGUUUAUGAAAUCGUCUCAUUAAUGUGGCCUUGGCGAAUGGAAGACUUUAUCACAUCCAGGAAUUAUCUACAGAGUUAAGACAGCCAAGCGAGAACGAUAUUUAUUUCUGGGCGAGUCAUUUGGGUCUUCGUAGGACAUAUGCGCAAGGCGAAAAUGAGUAGGCAGCUCACAUGGAGACUAUUCCUUGUUGUCUCUGUGUGCAAAAGUACCGCCCGAGAAAACCCGGAUCAUGGAGGUACUAUAUCAGUCUCAACAAUGCAAGGACGAUUUGGACUAAGGGGAGAGAUGAGUUACAUCCAGUGUUGGGGUUUGGAAACUGGCGGUAACGCAACAUCACCACACCUGCUAGACGACCGAAGCUGUUCAACUUCAUCUUCAGGUAUGGAACGAAUCACGAUUCAUAGAGCAAGUCCUUUGCGAGAUCUGUGGUAGAAGGGCCUCGAAAAUGACCAUCAGCCUACACGAAGAAUCGGCCUCUGCGCUGGUCAGGUGUAGACACUACGGCACAAAAGUGCUGAGACUCAGUUGACAACUCUGAUUUAUAAGCAAGUCG